CACUCCCGGCCUCCAGCGGCCUUCCGCCAUAGACCCUCUGGUGGGUGAGCGUUAUCCCUCCCUCUCCGCCAGUUGCCCGCCUUGGCCUCGCCCUUUUGCCACAGCGCACGCCAACUCUAGUCCCCUAGAGACCAUCUUCUCCUUGAACAACCCAGUUUGCCCUCCGCCUCACCUCCACUCCCGCAGGCGGCGCCCUGUGUCCCGCUGCUUCUCUGUCGCGUGUUGGCAGACAGGUGGCCCUGUGCGGUCGUCCUGCUUCAGUCCCUUACUGCGGCUCACAGCUGAGGUUCCGUGGUACUCGCAGUCCUUUUGAGCCCAGGAGCCGGCCGGACCAAGGUUCACCGAGCACUGGGAUCUCCGGGCACCCGGAACCGCUCUCGGGGGGCCAUGCCUGGAGCUUGCCCCCAGGUCACCGCCCGCUAGAGAGGCGGGGACGCCGAGGCCAGGGUGGUCUCCGUAGCAACCGGCGAGGGGCCGCCUCCGCCGCCUAUGAUGUAACGGUUCCUGAAUAAACUGCUUUGAGAAGAACAUUGUGUGGCAUCAUUCCUUUCUGCUGGUCGGACUGAGAAGCGACAAGUGGUGGCCCGUACGGGGACGUUCAGAACUCAUCGCAGUCAGGGCAGCUAGCUGGUAAGUUCCCAGGAUCAACGACAGCUGAUUUGGGUUCCAGAGCGACUUACCAGAGUUGUGCAGUCUGAAGAUUGUGAUUAUGCUAGCCAUGAAAGUGCUCCUGCUGAUGUGGAUGCUUCCCAUGAUAAAGAGUGAUGAAUUACGAUGGGUUAUAUUGUCAGUGUUUCCUAAGCCUAUUCCUUUGAUACAUUCUGCACAAGUUUUCCUAGAUUUUUGUUAGCAAUACUUCCUUACAGUUGCCUUAUUUGCCUUGGGAUGGAGAGGUUGCUCCGGUGCAAGAUCCUCUGACAUUGCAGUUGAAGGGGGUUUUAUGUUUUCAAUUAGUGACUAAUAUUUCUCAUGAUAGCUCAUGUGUUCAAUUGUAUAAUCAAACUGGAGCUUGGUUUGAUUCGCCCUUUAAAAACCCCACUCAGGCAAAUGCAAUUUGGAUGUGUGGAGUUUGUCCUGCUUUUGUUGCCAAGGGCAAUACCAGUAUUCCUGCACAGCCCAGGUGGGCUCCCUUUUGCAGAGGCAGUAGAACUGAUAUACCUUCAUGGACAGGGUGUCAAUCUCGCAACAUUGGCUGGGCAGUGAAAAAUGCCUUUUCCUUUUCUCCCUACAUAGGAACAAUGUAUAAUUAUACAUUUGCAGGUUAUAAUUGGACCUACAAAACCCAAUGCAGACCAUAUAUAGCAAUCCCUUUGAUGUUUGGCUUUUGUGCAGUGUAAAUGAGAGCUGUACUGAUUUAUCGCCCAUGGCGAUGAUUGCGGGCAGAGGUAUAGGAAAUGCUAGUUCUAGUUGGAAUGGAACUUUUGGGGCCUCCGUACAAGAGCUGAGCCCUGGACAGACUAUUUCCUUUUGGCCUACGCCAGUGUGUGUGUGGCCUCCUUUUGUUUUUAUAGUAUAUAAUGGUAGUCAUAAUGAUAGUGUUUUACAUUGUAGUAAUGAUACCUGUUUUUAUAUGAUGUGCUGGAAUGCUUCUGAGCAUCAAUUGGCUGUUGUUGCCCGCAUGCCUCGGUAUGUUCCCUGGCCUGUGGAGGCUCCUUCUGCUGUGACCUUGUUUAGAUCUAAAAGAGAUUUUGGCAUUACUGCAGCCAUCAUUACAGCCAUUGCUGUGUCAGCUACUGCUGCCACGGCCGCCGCAGUGAUGUUAACCACUACAGUACAGACUGCGGCUACCUUGAAUAAUCUGUCAGCAGGAGUAGCAGAGGCCUUAGAUGUGCAAGGUAAUAUAAAUAGCCAAUUAAAAGCAGAUAUCCUUUUGCUUAAUCAAAGAGUAGAUUUAGUCCAGGAACAAGUGGAUGUUUUGAUGGAGUUAGCGCAGCCAGGGUACCAAUGGCGUUAUCCAGGAUUGUGUGUAACCUCUGUUCCUUUCCAUAAUGCAAGUGCUGCUGGUAAUCUUUCCCGAGAGCUUUCUAGCUAUCUUACAGGUAAUUGGUCUCGCGAGCUGGAUACCAAGCUGAGAGAACUGCGACAGUCCAUUGUCCACAUAAAUUCAACCAGAGUGGAUGCCUCUCUAGCUUCUGGAUUAACCAAUUGGAUUCUUUAAGCAAUGUCUCAUCUGAAGGAAUGGGCUGGACUGGGGGGGGUUAGCCCUAUGCCUGCUCCUCAUCAGUUGCCUAGUGUUCUGGUGCAUAUGUAACAUGAGAGUUCAUCAACAAAAGAAUCAAGCCUUGCUUAUACAAGCAUUUGCAGCGAUGGAGAUGGGACAAUCUCCUCAAGUGUGGCUUGGCAUGCUAGAGAAGUAGUCAAAGACAGGUAAGACUCCCUGGACGUGCUACCAACCUAAGACAGGGAUUAAACCAAUGCUGUUUGACUCCCCAUGACGGGUAAGGAGCAUUGUCGCAGGGGGCAACCUAAGACAGGCAUUCUCUCUGCCAUAAACAAUUAAAAAAAGGGGGAAUUGUAGGGAGUGGGUGUGGCAGCCAUUCCAAGAUGGCGCCUGGGAUGGCUGCCAAGUCGUAUGAUUUGCACCUGACUUCCUUAUACACCCUUGAAUAGCCACGUCCGUGGUGCACACUGUGCAGACUCGUUUCUAUGCAAGAUCAGACCAUCUGACGUUUUACUGACGUGAGCCUAUUGAAGAGACUUACGCGGCAGACUGUGAGUGGUGCAGGCUAGGGAUUUAAGGACAGACUGGG